AUGCGCCAGAGACGGUGCGGCCACGAGUGGUCGCAGCGUGACAGAGACAAACACAUGCGCCAGAGACGGUGCGGCCACGAGUGGUCGCAGCGUGACAGAGACAAACACAUGCGCCAGAGACGGUGCGGCCACGAGUGGUCGCAGCGUGACAGAGACAAACACAUGCGCCAGAGACGGUGCGGCCACGAGUGGUCGCAGCGUGACAGAGACAAACACAUGCGCCAGAGACGGUGCGGCCACGAGUGGUCGCAGCGUGACAGAGACAAACACAUGCGCCAGAGACGGUGCGGCCACGAGUGGUCGCAGCGUGACAGAGACAAACACAUGCGCCAGAGACGGUGCGGCCACGAGUGGUCGCAGCGUGACAGAGACAAACACAUGCGCCAGAGACGGUGCUGCCACGAGUGGUCGCAGCGUGACAGAGACAAACACAUGCGCCAGAGACGGUGCGGCCACGAGUGGUCGCAGCGUGACAGCGACAAACACAUGCGCCGGAGACGGUGCGGCCACGAGUGGUCGCAGCGUGACAGCGACAAACACAUGCGCCGGAGACGGUGCGGCCACGAGUGGUCGCAGCGUGACAGAGACAAACACAUCCGCCAGAGACGGUGCGGCCACGAGUGGUCGCAGCGUGACAGAGACAAACACAUGCGCCAGAGACGGUGCGGCCACGAGUGGUCGCAGCGUGACAGAGACAAACACAUGCGCCAGAGACGGUGCGGCCACGAGUGGUCGCAGCGUGACAGAGACAAACACAUGCGCCAGAGACGGUGCGGCCACGAGUGGUCGCAGCGUGACAGAGACAAACACAUGCGCCAGAGACGGUGCGGCCACGAGUGGUCGCAGCGUGACAGAGACAAACACAUCCGCCAGAGACGGUGCGGCCACGAGUGGUCGCAGCGUGACAGAGACAAACACAUGCGCCAGAGACGGUGCUGCCACGAGUGGUCGCAGCGUGACAGCGACCAAGCACCCUCGCCAGAUACAGUGCUAUAG